AUGCAUGGUGCACUGACCUUGACAUCUCGUGGUAUGGGAUUCCCGGCAUUGGAAAAAUGCAUGGUGGCUUUCCGAGGAACGGAACCCUUUGAUGCAGAUGCAUGGUGCACUGACCUUGACAUCUCGUGGUAUGGGAUUCCCGGCAUUGGAAAAAUGCAUGGUGGCUUUAUGAAAGCCUUAGGGCUACAAAGGAAUGUGGGGUGGCCUAAGGAGAUUCAGUGGGACGAAAGUGUUCCCCCCUUAGCCUACUACGUUGUUAGGGACAUUUUAAGGAAAGGUUUGAGCGAAAAUCCGAAUGCAAAGUUUAUACUUACGGGUCAUAGUUUGGGUGGAGCACUCGCAAUCCUCUAUCCCACCAUCAUGUUCUUGCAUGAUGACAAGUUGCUGAUUGAGAGGUUGGAAGGAAUCUACACGUUUGGACAACCAAGAGUUGGAGAUGAAGCAUAUGCAGAGUUCAUGAGACAAAAACUGAGGGAAAAUUCUAUCAUACUAGGACCUCGGCGGAAGGGCCAUUGA